AUGAAUUUUUUAUCUCUUAACGUGAGAGGUUUGGGUGGGGAUGAUAAAGCCGGAUGGAUUAAAGGGCUGAAGGUUAAAUUUGGGGUAUGUUUUGCGGCGUUUCAAGAAACGAAGUGUAGUGCGAUGGACGAGAAGGCGGUCUCAAGGCUCUGGGGUUGCAGAGACGUCGGUGCGGAGUGGGUGGACUCUAGCGGCCUGUCGGGCGGUUUGGUUAGCGUGUGGGAUAAAAAUCUGUUCGACUUCAGUGAUUCGAUAAAGGAAAGGAAUUUCAUUAUCACCAGAGGCAAGAUUAAAGGUACUGGCCAGCAUAUUAACAUUGCGAAUAUUUAUGCUCCUCAAGAUGUGCAGGCUAAAAAAGUUCUUUGGGAUCGACUUCUGGAUGUUAUUGAGGGCUCAACGGGUCUGUGGGUUCUUCUCGGAGAUUUCAAUGCGGUUCGGACUCCGGAAGAAAGACUGAACACUCGCUUUAUUCCCUCUUGUGCCGGUAAUUUCAAUUUUUUUUUUAUUUUUAGUGCUCGGUUGUUGGAGUAUGAUAUGAAAAACAUGAAAUUUACUAGAUGGGCUGAUAAAGGAAGGAAAGGUAGUAAGAUUGACCGUGUCCUCGUUUGCCCGAAUUUCUUUGGGUUGUGGCCGAAUGCUUGCCUUAGAGCUCUUCCAAGGCAUUUAUCUGAUCAUAGUCCCAUCAUUCUUGUCACUAAGGAGUCUAAUUUUAGGCCGAAACCCUUUAGAGUUUUUAACUCUUUGAUCGGUCGACCGGGUUUUGAGAAGACGGUUAGAGACGCGGCUAGUUCGUUUGCUGGUGAUGGGCCUGCCGACCUCUUUUUGCUGAAAAAAAUUGAAUUUAUUAGAUCGCGUAUUAAGGAGUGGAGGGAUGAAUUGCUUAAGAAGGAAGGGGAGUUAGAAUCAACUGCCAGAACUGAGAUAGAAGAUUUGGAGAAAUUGAUGGAGGAUAGGGAUUUAUUUGAGGAUGAGGAGUGGGUCUUAUUGGAAAAUGUGAAGCUUGUUAAAGAAAUCGAAGAAAAUAAGACAAAAGAUUUGAGACAACGUUCACGGGUCUUGAACGAUUUUUUCUCAAGGGGUUCGGUUAGUAGAGGGUGUGCUUCGGCAUUUAUUACACUCAUUCCGAAAGUUCGUGACCCUACGGGCCUGAAUGAGUCUCGCCCAAUCAGCUUGAUUGGUGCGAUUAAUAAAGUGGUCUCUAAGGUCCUUGCUAAUCGUUUGAAGAAAGUUCUUGGCUCGGUCAUCUCGGAGAAUCAAUCGGCUUUCCUUAGUGGAAAGUUUAUUUUAGACGGGCCCCUUAUUAUUAACAAAACUAUCAACUGGCUCAAAAAGAACAAAAGGAAGGCAUUUCUUUUCAAAUUGGACUUUGAGAAAGCAUACGACAAUGUCAACUGGGGUUUCGUUAUCUCGGUUAUGACACAAAUGGGAUUUCCUCGGUUGUGGUGUGAUUGGGUUUUUGGGAUUCUGUCUGCAGCUAGAGCGGCGGUUUUGGUCAACGGCUCUCCGACUUUUGAUUUUGUCAAAAGGGCAUGCGGCAAGGUGACCCCUAAUCCCCCUUUCUUUUCCUCAUUGUGA